CUACGCCGCUUGGGCUCAAGCGGGCGAGGCGACAGUGCGGCGCCAGUCCUCGGCCCCGCGCCCUUCUUUCUCGGUCGUUGGGCUGCGUGACUCUCCUCCCGUCGGCGCCGAAGGGAGCCUGGUUCUGGGCGGGCGGAGAGCUUGAGCCCACUAGGAAUGGCAGCCCCAUCUAUGAAAGAAAGGCAGGCUUGCUGGGGAGCCCGGGAUGAGUACUGGAAGUGUUUAGAUGAGAACACAGAGGACGCCUCUCAGUGCAAGAAGUUAAGAAGCUCAUUUGAAUCAAGUUGUCCCCAACAGUGGAUAAAAUAUUUUGAUAAAAGAAGAGACUACUUAAAAUUCAAAGAAAAAUUUGAAGCAGGAGAGUUCCAGCCUCUGAAAACGGCCGCAAAGUCCUAGGCUGUUCCUGAACAUUUCAGAAAGGUUGAAAUUAUUUUUUCUGGACAUUCAGAAAUGCUCUGUGGGACAACAGUAAUCUGAAUGAUGGCAAACACCAGUGCUUGUUCCAUAUAUACAACUCUUAAUUUAAAUGGUCAAGUAACAAGAUUCCAUUUUUCAAAAGACAGACUUGAAAUAAAAUGGUAUGAAAU